GGAUAGAGGGAGGAACAGAGAGAGGCGAGAUAUAAGGAAGGGACGGAGCGCUCGGAUAAACAACAAGAGUCACUGAGACUGAACGUGAAGAGAAGAGAAGAGAAGAGAAGAGACUCUACCCUCGCAGUAAUCGCAAAGACGUGCUCAGCAGUUUCAUUGUAAAGAUGAGCAGCUUUGUGGAGGUGAACAAUCUGCAGCCUACCUGGUUCGAGGGGGAAUAUUUCGACCAGUAUGAAUAUUACAACCUGAGCGAGCGCUACUGCGUGGCCUCCUCGCGGAAGGGUCGGUCGAAGAAGGAGGCGCGCGAGAACACGAACCGACCAAACCCCGCCGGGCACGAGAGAAAACUGAGUGAGAAACUGCAACGCAGCGAGAAGAAAGAGAGGAGACAGUGACGAGGAGAGGACAGAGAGAGAGAGAGAGGUUCAAUAGCCGAUCCCCACGGACAGACAAACUCGUUACUGACGCACUGCCGCGAACUGGACAUGAACGAGAAAGGGAGCGAGAGAUGGAUGAGAGAGAAACGUCCCCGCUCUGAAAGACUGGAACCCGAUUUGAAGAUAAAAGCAGACAGGCUCUCCGUCUAUUCAUAGAAAUCUUGGCGAAUCAUGUUUGAGAAAUGUUAAAUGUUUGAAACAUAUUUACAGGAGAGAGGAGUGGAGAGAGUGAGAUAUAAAGAUGUCUUGAGCCCUCCUCUUAGUUUUAUUAAUAUUGUUUUAAGCUAUAUCGUAUUCAAAUGUAUAAUCUUUAAACAGUAAGACUCUCUAAUUAAGAGUCGGUCAUGCACCAGAAUGCCCUGGUCAGCGAGUCCCACUUUCUAACACAGCAGGAACCUGUUUUUUUACUCUAAGCAUAGACGACCCUGAAUUGAAAAUCCAAGCAUUUAUUUUAAAGUGUGUAUAAGAAUAUGAAUAUAUAUGAAAUUCUGUAAGCCCUGCAUGUUUGGGGUCCGUUGUUUUUGUAUAGCAACUUGCUGAUGUCUGAAUGUUAUAAAGUGGAAUAAAAUAAAUACAUUGGGAAAGAAUACAAGUUCUGUAGCCAUUCUUUCAAUAUGCAGUCUAAAUAGUGGCGGAUCGUAAUACGCCGCUGUUUAAAUCAAUAAAAUAAAAGCUACUUUGAGACUAGCACCAAAUUUGAACCCCUGUCUAGCCUGUGUUACAUGUCUAUGGCAGUGCAACUAGAACUGAAGAUCAGCUCCUGAACUGUCAAAACACACUUUUUUUUUUUUAAACUAUAUAUAUAUAUAUAUAUAUAUACACACACACACACACAUAAAAAAUACAUACAUAUAAAACUGCAGUGUACAAAAUUGAAGGCAUAUGAAAAAAAAGGUUUUUAAAAGAUGUACACAAAAAGUUUAAAAGAUUAAAAAAUAUUUUAUUAUAUUUUCUUUUUAAACAGCUGAAGGGCUUUUGCCUGAAACGUCCUGAAAAUAAAAAAUAUAUUUUUUUAAAUAGCUAGUGGUAGCUAUCGGUACAUCCGGUAUAUGUAAUAUAUAUCACACACACAGAUGCAGUGAACUUGUUAAUUUGUUUAAAAUAGGUUUUCUACGCGGCUGAAGGGCUUUUGUCCAAAACAUCAAGAAAUAAGAUUUUGUAAUCAUUUAAACUCUACAUCCAAAAAAAAACAAAAACCUUUGUACACUAGUUAUACCUCCUUUCAAACUUAUGCUGUAUCAGCUUGUAACAGGGCGAGCAGCCCUGUACAUUGUUUUGUUUAUUUAUUUUUAGAUCGGGGUCUCCCCCUCCGCCCCUGUGCAGUGUAUUGUGUAUUUAUUUUGUAUUAUUUUUAUUGUAUUAUAUUUAUGACGGCGAAGCGCCUCCGUGUUAUUGUUUUGUUUAUUUUUAAAACGUGUCCUGGCAGAGGCGAGAUCGGUGCUCGUCCUCUGCCAGGAGAAGUGGAAAAACUCGUGCAGAAGGUGGCCAUGAAAAACCUGUUAUGAAAAGCCUGCAGCUCUCCAGCUCAAGGGGGGGUGUCAGAAGGAGAGAGUGAGCGAGCCAGAGGAGUGACGGAGAAACAAGUGUAAAAUUAACAUAGAAACAGUGAAGGCAGUCUGCCCAGCCUGACCUGUGUUUUAUUUACUUUGUGUGCGUGAUUUGUUUUUGUUUACCGUUUUAUUUUUGCUCGGUGAGCAAGUGUUUUUGUAUAAAUAUUUUAUUUAUUUUUUUGUUUAAUAAAAAGGCAGCCAGCCGAUUCUUUCUUUAAAAACUGCA